AAUUGCUUCUCUGUUUCAGGACCUGUAACUAAGUGGACCCUAUUGGCCUCUGAACCACAAAGCAUAAGAGUGAAAAGAAGUGAGAGAAACACGUGAAGAAAAAGGAAGUGAGGCACUUUCCUCUGGACUGCUUUCCUGCCCUUUAUUACUAAAACUGAAUGGAAAAGAGAGACUUCUGUGCCUUUCCUCCCCCCACCUCAGGGAUGGGUGGAUUGUAAAUACAGUGUGUGCAGCUGGGAGAAUAGACUGAACCAUGAAUCUUCAGGCUCAGCAAAAGUCUUCAAGCAAAAGGACUGGGAAACGAAUUGCCUAUUUUAAUGAGCAGGAAAUAGCUGUGUCAUCAAAAGAACCUCAGCAGCCGCUGAAGGAAGGUCAGUACUAUGGCCAUGGAGGGAAUAUACCGGUCUCUCAAACUAUGGAGAUUCCUCAUGCAGGAGGAUUAACAAGUGCCCCCAACAAUGUUGCUUUGAUGAACUCUGUUUACAAUCAAGAUAGGGGAGAAUCAAUGAUGAUGCCCCAGGCAGUAACAGCUGUUAAAUGGCAGAAUUCCCUAAUGGGAAAUCGGUUGCCAGAGAGGGGUGACAGCCACUGGCAAUCUCCUCCUUCGAUGUGGAACCAUGGUAUGGUUUUUGGAGGCAACCCAAAAGGACCCCACUCCAAUGCUGGUGCCCCAGGCUUCUAUGGCCAUGCAGAAGCCCUUAAAAGAAAUCAAGAGAAAGGCGUGUUUGUGUCACAGCUGGACUUGUAUGGAGAUGCCGUCCAGCAGAUGAUGUCCCAGAAGGCUCAGCUGGAACAGCAAGCCCUAGUUAGGCAGCAAGCUCAAAUGAAUUCUUUUCAUCAGAUGCAGAAACAGCAGCAGCAGAAUCAGAGUCUGCCGUUACAGCCUUUCCAACUUGCGUUUGGUCACCAAGGCCAAAAGCAAGGUCUUCCUGAAUUGUUACACGUCUUUCAAGAAGCCCCAGCUUCUUCCAGUCCAGCAUUUACUGCUCAGCAAAAACAGCAAGCUCUUCCCCAACUACAACUGUUUGAAAAUUUUUAUCCUCAACAGCAGCAGCAACAGGCUGCCGCACAAGCCUUCAGCCUGCAGCAGACUGCUUCCAUAGCACAGCCUCAUGUGGCAGCUGCAGCACCUCAGCAUCACAUGAUGGCACACCAGUUUCAGCAAACAGAGAGGAACCAGGAGCUAUUCAAGGCUCUAACAGAGCAGAACCAACAGACUGUGCUACCUCAGACCCAGAUUCCCUUUCCAAGAAGGUCACGGCGACUCUCCAAAGAAGGUGUCCUGCUGACCUCUGCAGGAGAAGUGUUGGCUUCCAAGCAGUCAGAAGAACAACCUAGCAAUUUAUUUCUGCAUCACUGGCAAACACAUCAGCAAGAGGUCCCAUUACAGCAGCCACCUGAAUCACUGGCCCACAACAAAAGCAACUAUUUGCACCCCAAGAGACUGGAUCUGGGGCAGAAGGAUGUCCUGGUCAAUAGUGAGCUGUGCCAGAUGGAAACAGACAGGCAAACCACAGCCCAGAAUGGUAGAGAUGGAGAGAAACAGGCAGCAGCAGCUGAAGAAAAUACUCAGAGAACUAAUGAUUUUCAGGGUGUCAGAGGUGGUGUCAUCCAGAGUACGCGACGGCGACGGCGUGUUUCUCAAGAAGCCAAUUUGCUAACUUUGGCUCAAAAAGCUGUUGAGCUGGCUUCUCUUCAGAAUGUAAAGGAAGCAGAUACUUCAGAAGAAAAGAGUGUGCUGAUAGCAGCUCCAGGACCUACAGCUGCAAAAAGUGUGGUGGAAUUUGCCAGUUCUUCACCAGCUCCCAAAAGAGCCCGAGAGGAUAACAGCCUCGUGCCUCUUAUCAUUCCCGUGUCUGUGCCAGUCAGAAAAAUUGACUUGCAGAACCUUGGAAAAGAGAAGUCUGAGGAUGGAAAGCUUCAGAGAGGCCAAACAAAUGAUCGAGCUCCUUGUGAACGCAAGCCUUCUGUGAUAGUCACUCGGAGGCGAUCUAAUCGUAAUACUAACAUGGAAACCUCAAAUCAGCAUGAAGAUGCUGUUCCAAAGGAUGAAGCAGAGGGCUUUGCCCGGAAACCAAAGCAGAGGCCACGACCUGAGCCACUCUUCAUUCCACCAAAAGCUGGCACCUUCAUUGCACCACCUGUUUAUUCUAACAUUACUCCGUAUCAGAGCCACUUACGGUCACCUGUCCGUCUGGCAGAUCAUCCUUCUGAUAGGAACUUCGAGCUACCUCCUUACACUCCCCCACCAAUUCUUAGUCCAGUCAGAGAAGGAUCUGGGCUGUAUUUUAAUGCUAUCCUCUCUUCAAGUGGUCAUUCUGUUCCACCUCCGAUGACUCCUAAAAGUGCUCACAGAACUCUGCUUAGAUCAAACAGUUCAGAAGUUACUCCUCCUGUUCUUACGGUAGUGGGGGAAGCCACGCCGGUCAGCAUUGAACCGCGAAUAAAUGUAGGAACUCGCUUUCAAGCAGAAAUCCCAUUGCUCCAAGACAGAUCUCUGGCAGCAGCUGAUGAACAUAAAGCAGAGCUGGUGUGGCAGCCGUGGGGUGACCUGGAAACCAACAAAGUCACCCAAGAGAAUGUGGAAAACCUGCUAGCUGCUGCCUGUUCAAGCAUUUUUCCUGGGGCUGGAACCAACCAGGAGCUGACGUUGCAUUUCUUACAUGAAGCAAAGGGAAGCAUUCUGGGAGCUUUGACCAAACUGCUGUUGCAGAGGCCAGUACGAUCACCUACCCACCCUUUGGCAGAUUAUCACUACACAGGAUCAGACAAGUGGAAAGUUGCUGAAAAAAAACUUUUCAACAAAGGCAUUGCAAUCUACAAGAAAGACUUUUUCCUGGUCCAAAAGCUUAUAAAAACCAAAACGGUGGCCCAGUGUGUGGAAUUCUACUACACAUACAAGAAACAGGUGAAAAUUGGUCGGAAUGGGACCUUAAUCUUUGGGGACAUUGAUGCUGCUAACGAGAAAUCGAUAAAAGAUGAAGCUGAAGUAGACAUCAAGAGUUCCCAUAGGUUUGCACGUGUUCUUCCUCCCAGAAGGGACAUCUAUAGUGAAGAACAGGGGCAUGUGGAGGAAGAAGAGGAGGAGGAAGAGGAGGCAGAGGAAGGGUUGGAUAACAGAAAGAGCAGCACAGUUCCUCUCAAAGAUGAGCAGACGCUACAAGAUGGUGUAACAGCCAAUGAUGCCAAUCUGAGGAGUCAGGAGGCCACUGUCACAGGAAGAGUUGGAAGGAAGCCAAGGGAGGCAACAGUGAAGCCUCGAAAGCCUAUUGGUGCUCCAGUGCAGAGGAGGAGGCGGAAACAGAAGAUAAAAUCAGAUGCUACCAGUAAAACUCAGAGCACAGAAAAUGCAUUUCCAUGUAAAAAAUGUGGCAGGGUCUUCUACAAGGUGAAGAGCCGCAGUGCUCACAUGAAAAGCCACGCAGAGCAGGAAAAGAAAGCAGCUGCACUGAAGCAGCAGGAGAAGGAGGCAGCAGCAGCAGUGGCAGCGGCGGCAGCAGCAGCAGCAGCCCACAGCCAGGCACAGCAGGAAGAGAGCAGCGAGAGUGGGAGCAGCAGCAGUGGAAGCAGCAGUGGGAGCUCGGAUGAAGAAGGAGAAAUAUAGCAGCAGAGCAGAAAUGGAGGGAGUAGCAAGGCUGGACCCAACCUCCCUCUUGGUGGCUUUACUUUUAUUGCUUGCACUUUUCUUCCCUGAACUAUCAGGUCUCAAGUUUUAGUGCUGCCAUUUCCUCAUGCCACAUGUUCCACUUCACCUUGCCAGUACUGACCAAGCCGGAAUGGUGGAUGAAAAGAUUUGUUUCAACUUGGAAUUUUUUUCUUUUUUUUUUAACAAAUAAGAUUUCUAUUCUAUUUAUAAUGAUAACUGAGGUACAUAAUAGAACAAUGUCACCUGCAGCGGAAGGAAGUUCUCUCAGGUCAGUCAGACCUUUCUUUUGUGCUUGUCAGGAAUCAUGCUAACAGGACUCUUGGAUAUAAAGGUUUCCAGACUGGAGCAAGAAAAUGUUGCUCUGCUCUGAGCCAAGUGUGUCCAGUUACUGUGACACUGGUGAUUUCUAGAUGUUUCCUUUCUCAGCAAGUUCUCCUUCCUGUUACUUCCUGCCUUUCUUUCUGAGCAUUUAUUCAGGCAGCCAAUAAGUUUUGUGGGAAGAUGGUGUGCACUUCUGGCCUCUGAUUCACAAAAGUGGGGUGAGCAAGACGGGCUUCUUCCUGUUGAGAGAGCAAGUUUUCUUUUUCAAAAGGAAGCCAGAGGUGGUUCGUUGUUCAUGCCAUUAAGAAUGCAGCAAUGGAUGUAAAAAUACCACGUGGGACUAGAAUAGCCGCAGGCCUUGUGGGUUGUCUUGUCUUGGAAAACAAAAUAGUCUGCCUUUGAUUAACUUAAUGGAAAGUAGUCUGGGCUUCACAAGUGCAAUUUGAAAUGUAAACUGCUGGGCUUGACUUUGCAUAAAUGGGAGCAAGUUUGUUUAGUGAAAAUGAACCAAGACUUUCUUGUGUGCACCUGAGAAAUGGGUGGAAUGGACACUAAUCUUUAGCAGUGAUCCCUCUGUGAAUGGCUUUUACCUCUCAACACAUCCCUUUCUUUCUUGCAGGAGCCCUCUUGUAUUCCCUGAAAUUGCCAUCAUUAAGAGCUAGUGCGGUGGGGCCCUAGUUUCCCAAGUACUUGUGUCAGACAGUAGGUGCACGCAGGAGAAGCUUGUCACUUCCACACUGGUGGCUGGAGGGCCAUGCCUGCUAUGUUGUCCUGCUGUGGGCCUUGCUCUUUGCUGAAAGGCUGACUCUUCCUUUAGAGCUAACACAUGCUCAUGGCCCACAGAUUCUAGCCACCAAAAGCCUGCUGGUAAGAGAGUUAAGAACUAGUAAAGUGGUCCAGAUGACACUGAUGUUAGAUCUGGAGAGGAUUGUUCUGUACAUCUUUAUAGCCCACAUUUAUCAUUGUUUCAUAAAGAUGCAAAGGAUCAGAUAGCUUCCUUGUGCUUCACAGUCAGUCCUAGUUCCUACCCUGGCUGCUCAGCUCCCUCCCCCCAGCCAGUGCUUAGAUGCAGCACUGAUCCCUGGCUCCUGGGUGCUGGCACUGUGUCAGGUCGUGUGUGUGCUGCUCCAGUGGUCAAAUGCCAAAGGAGCUGGUCACUGCUGCAUUCCCAAGCAGGGAUCCUAGGGGGGUUGCUGUACAUGAACUACAGUGUGUUCCAGACUGGAUAAUUCUUCAAGCUGCUAGAUAAAUUCCAGGUUAACUAACUAUGGAACGUGCCAUCUGCCAAUCUUUUCCUGCCCCCAGGUUUUCUACAACUAUGGUUGCUUCACUCUUAAGUCUGGGAGGCUGUGUAUAGUAUGCUUGCUUUGACAUAUAUAUGCCUUUGCAUAGAAUCCUUUUUCUUACUGACAUAAACAGUUAUUACUCUUACAAAAUAAGUAGGAGUACCAUUAAGGACUACAGUUUUUCCAGUGUUGACACAUUUGUCUUUAAGUGUUCAAUUUUCUGCCAAGGUUGUGUUUUUCUAUUCCUAACAAAACUAGGUUUCCUUUCAGCAUUUGGACAACUGUUCCAUGUCCCUGCAUGCAGGGGUCUUGUUGACUAACUAAGCUGUGGAAGCAGAUGGCAUGUCACGAACUGUUAAGAUCAUGCAAAAAUGGCUACAAAACUCAAAGCUACUGGUCUUUUAAACAGAAGCUUGAACAAAUCAGUCUUCCUGUUAAGAAUUUCAAUGUUGGUUGUUUUUCCUUUUGUAAAUUGGAGAAAACUCUUGUCUACCAUUAUUAGAGAGAACGGUGUUUUUAGCACACUGCUUCAGGAUGGACGGGAGGUGAAGCAGCUGGACCCUGUGGUCCACUUGCUGUACUGGGAUUAACUCCAGUAAA